UGGCGGCGGCGGCGCCGGCGGGCGCGCGGCGCCCGAAGCGCGUGAGCAUGCAGGAGCACAUGGCCAUCGACGUGAGCCCCGGCCCCAUCCGGCCCAUCCGCCUCAUCUCCGCCUACUUCCCGCACUCCUACCCCGCGCCGCAGCCCGCCCGGCGCCCCCCGCUCCGCGCGGACCCCGACCCCGCCAUGCGCGCGGCGCCCCUGCCGCCACCCGACUCAGACCCAGAGGAGGACUCGGAUGACAGCACUGCCCUGGGCAUCCUGGAGUUCACGCUUCUCUUCGACGCGGACAACAGUGCCCUGCACUGCACGGCCCAUCGCGCCAAGGGCCUCAAGCCACCUGCCUCAGGCUCUGUGGACACCUACGUCAAAGCCAACUUGCUGCCAGGGGCCAGCAAGGCCAGCCAGCUUCGCACACGCACGGUUCGGGGCGCAAGGGGACCGGUGUGGGAGGAGACCCUCACCUACCACGGCUUCACCUGCCAGGACGCUGGGCACAAGACCCUGCGGCUGUGCGUGUGUGAGGACUCCCGGCUGCGGCGAAGGCGGAGCGCCCCCCCACUCGGGGAGCUGCGGGUCCCCCUGAGGAAGCUGGUGCCCAACAGAGCCAGGAGCUUCCGCGUCUGCCUGGAGAAGCGGAGGCUGGUCAAGAGGCCCAAGGGCCUGGACACAGCCCGAGGCAUGUCCCUGUAUGAGGAGGAAGAGGCGGAGGCCAUGGCCGGGGAGGAGCGCGGGCGCAUCCUGCUGUCCCUGUGCUACAGCUCCCAGCGCCGCGGCCUGCUGGUGGGGGUGCUGCGCUGUGCCCACCUGGCCCCCAUGGACGCCAACGGCUACUCAGACCCCUUUGUCCGCCUUUUCCUGCACCCAAACGGGGGGAAGAAGUCCAAGUACAAGACCAGUGUUCGGAGAAAGACCCUGAACCCCGAGUUCAAUGAGGAAUUCUUCUACCCGGGCCGGAGGGAAGAGCUGGCCCAGAAGGCGCUGCUGGUGUCUGUGUGGGACUACGACCUGGGCACGGCCGAUGACUUCAUUGGUGAGUGGGAUACGGGGUACAGAGAGCCCCAAGGGUCCUGCUGUUCCUCACCCGUCCCCCACCACAGGCGGGGUACAGCUGAGCAGCCAGGCCAGUGGGGAGCGCCUGCGCCACUGGCACGAGUGCCUGGGCCGCUGCGACCACCGGCUGGAGCUGUGGCACCCGCUGGACGAUACACCCCCGUGUGGUGACCCGUGAGCACGGGCCUGCGCGAGCCCUCCCCCACAGCUGGGACACCGCUCAGGCUGCAAGGAGCCCGGGCUCUUCCCCACCUACGGCGCCCAUUCUAGCCCCUGCCUUUCAGCCACCUCACCCCAAGUAGUGAACCCCAA